GAGUUUGGUAUGCCGGCAUUUGAGUGCAUGCUAUCUACAUCUCCCUCCCCCUCCCCAACCUCCAGUGUUCUGUAUGUCGUACAGUAGAUCGCUCUCGAAGCAAGAGUGAUGCCACGAAAAAAAAUGAAAUGAAAUGAAAAACAAAGUCUGAACCAAAGAAAGAAAAGGCUGGCAAGCAGGCCCAAGCUACGGAUAAAAAAUAUGAUACAAACAGCAGGAAUCGAAUGCAGCCUCAAAGGGUAUAAAGGGGAGGAUCGAAUGGAAUAAAUACUACAAACACAGAAAAAAAAUAAAAGAAAACAAAAAACAAAAAUGCACAGAAAGGAAAAAGAAAAAAAAAAAAAAAAAGGACUCGCUGAUAGAUAGAAACAGACGCAACAUGCCUGUCGAUCGACCUAACACGGCGUGGUAUUAUGUAGACUUGGAAGGAAAUGAGAGACCGUAACUGUCCGAACAGCUUCCACGUGCUUUCCCGAUGCUCACUCACCGCCCCUGACUCGCCAUCAUCGAACGGUGGGUUAAAGCACGCAGCAGGUGCCUGACUCCACGGCUUUGGUCGUAAUGCAUAAAGCCCCGGUGAUUCCAGGCGCCACCACUCGUAGGGAAAGAAAAUCUCCUCCGGUCAUCACCAAGCCACGCCUCCGCAACCUCUUAGAUAUUGCCCAUACCCCAUUUCUGAUCGAUGAGCCUGUAGCGCAGCUGCUCCUUGCGGUACCGGAUAAGCAUCGCAGCGCACAGUAUGAGCACAGCAUCCAUCCCUUCAUUGCAUACAGAUCAGCAUCAUCCCUGGCGGAAACAGUCUGUGAAAUUAAAUAGUGUGCGGGGAAGAUUGAAAAACAUACCAACAAUGCCAAAAAGAGCGGUGAAGAGAAGGUUAAUCCAUCUCUCAGCAUAGUUCGAAAAGGGGCUAACACAACCUUCCUUCGAUGCUGCAGAGAUGUCAUUCGUGC